GUCUCUUUCUUCUUCUCUCUCUCUCUCUCUACCUCAUUAGAGAGGUCUUCAAACACGCAGAGUUUUUUGGAGUUAUCAGGAGGUACAUUCCAACUCAUCAGCUUCUUAAAGGUAAGCUUUUCUGCAACAUUUUCUGGAAACCUAGUUUGAUAUUCUUAAUGGGUACCAGCAUAAUACUGUUCCAUUUUGUUUUUAAUUCUCCACCCCCGAACAAAUUCUCAUUGUCAUCAACAGAAGAUCUGAAACACAGAUCGAUGGUAACUGAGGAACCUGGUUUUUUCAUGAAGGAGCUCAGAUCUGAAAUUUGGAACCGCAUCCAAUUUCGGCUUUAGUGAUUUCAUUUUAGGAAGCCAUGGUGGCUUUCUUAAGCGACUCGGAGCAGUGUUGUGGGAGCGAAGCAGACAGAGAGAAAGCGUGGCAUCUACUGGCGGUUUUAUUAAGCAUAGGACGUCCAGCUCGUCUUGCGGAACUCUCCGCCAGAUGUACUCUGUUCCACGCAUCGCCUGAUUUUGUCCAAUUCCUCUGCUUGAUCCCUCAUUCGCCUCUGUUCUUGACGGGUGAUCUGUUUGUCACAAUCUCUUUGGCUGCCUUCUUGGCUUUUGAAGAAUUUGUAUCUAAGGCUCUUGAUGGCUUUGUUCCUUGGGUCACGCUUAGGGUUUUUGAAUCGAGAAGAAUAACGAACAGUGUUGUCCAAACGUAUUUUCGUAAACGGAAGGGACCAGAAACUAUUUCUGUACUGCUUCCCGAUUCGAAAAGGAGAUUACUUUUGCCUUCUGAAAAUGAUGAACUGUAAACAGAUGAAAACAAUAAAAUUUCGUUCGCUUUGGCAAAUAGGAUCACAUGCGAUUCUGCUGAGGUAUUAAUUUUAUUCUUGACCAAUUUGUUCCUGAAUUACCUUUUCCUUUGGCUUAUUCGUAGGUAUUAUUUUUUCCCUAUCAAUUUCAUUUUUUUUCCUGUUUAUGAUUCAAUCUAUUUGAGUGAUGCAACCUUACUGAUUUCCAUAGCUUUGGCUCUAGUGCUUGUAUGCUUCUUAGGAGCUUACUAUCCUUAAUGUGGACAGUUAACAC